GAAUAUAUUUGUCUCUUUUCUUUGGUGUGACAUUUUUGCGUUAUUAUACGUUCUCUGUAGCGUCUGUCAAAAAAUCUUUCAACCGCUUUCCGCUUCAUCGCAGAAAAAUUUUACAGAUUUUUUUUUAAUUGUAGAAUUUGUGGUUUUAAAUCUCUUUAAACAAAACUUCAGUGUAUUUCAAAUACUAUAUAUAAUUGUUAAAUAAAUAAAUUUCUAACGAAAAUGGGUUCAGAAGACCGUGAUAGGCGCCGGCAUAGAUCUCGUUCAAGGGAUCGGGAUCGUGAGCGCGAUUAUCGUCGUUCGCGUUCACGCGAUCGUAAACGAGAACCUGGUCCAGUCGGACGUGACAGGCACACUCGUUCUCGUCGAAGAAAACCAUCUUUAUAUUGGGAUGUGCCGCCACCAGGUUUUGAGCACAUCACACCGAUGCAGUAUAAAGCCAUGCAAGCAGCUGGCCAAAUACCGGCAAAUGCUGUGCCCGAAAUUCCACAAGCUGCCGUACCAGUAGUGGGUUCAACCAUAACUAGACAAGCACGCCGCCUCUAUGUGGGCAAUAUACCGUUCGGCGUAACAGAGGAUGAAAUGAUGGAGUUCUUCAAUCAACAAAUGCAUUUGACUGGUCUUGCACAAGCUGCUGGAAGUCCUGUUCUAGCAUGUCAAAUUAAUUUGGAUAAGAAUUUCGCUUUCUUAGAGUUCCGUUCCACAGAUGAAACAACACAGGCUAUGGCAUUCGAUGGUAUCAACUUCAAAGGUCAGAGUUUGAAAAUAAGACGCCCGCAUGAUUAUCAACCCAUGCCAGGUGUGGCUGAUGCGCCUCCAAUUACAACGCCAGUUGCGAACGGUGUUAUUUCCACUGUCGUGCCGGAUUCACCGCACAAAAUUUUCAUCGGUGGCUUACCAAACUAUUUGAAUGAAGAACAGGUCAAAGAGUUGUUGCUCUCAUUUGGUCAAUUGCGCGCUUUCAAUCUGGUAAAGGAUGCCGCCACUGGCUUGAGUAAGGGUUACGCUUUCUCGGAAUAUGUAGAUCAUAGUAUAACUGAUCAGGCUAUCGCUGGUCUGAAUGGCAUGCAAUUGGGCGAUAAAAAGUUGAUAGUACAACGCGCCAGUGUUGGUGCUAAGAACGCACAAAAUAGUGCUACCACCGCUGCACCUGUCAUGAUACAAGUGCCUGGCCUCUCGAUGGUCGGCACUUCUGGACCACCCACCGAAGUACUUUGCCUAUUAAAUAUGGUGACGCCUGAUGAGUUACGUGAUGAAGAGGAAUAUGAAGAUAUUUUGGAGGAUAUUAAGGAAGAAUGUAAUAAGUAUGGUGUUGUGCGUAGUGUGGAGAUUCCGAGACCCAUUGAGGGUGUUGAUGUGCCCGGUUGUGGUAAAGUAUUUGUCGAAUUCAAUUCAGUUAUAGAUUGUCAGAAGGCGCAACAAGCUUUGACUGGACGAAAAUUCAGCGAUCGCGUGGUUGUUACAUCCUACUUCGAUCCGGAUAAAUAUCAUCGGCGUGAAUUUUAAAGUGACAUUUAUAAAUGUAGCUCGACAUCCACACCCAUUUACACAUUAUAUGCACAUUGAAGUGGGUGUGUUUCUGAAUUUUUAUGUAUUAUGAAAUAAUAAAGCAUACACAAACAAUAUAAUAUCUAUACAUUGUAGCCAACAGGCUCGGCAAAAUAAAUAUACUUUGAUUUUGGAUACAUCCAUUUUAAAUCAUAUACAAAAGCAACGGCUAAAAUGUAAGUGGUUAAAUUUCAUAAUGAUAAAUCAUAGUUUGACGGCUUUAUAAAGCCACAACAAUUGAAUAUAAAUGAUGUAUUUAUGCAUGUAUUAUGUAGGAAUAUUCAAAAUGGCAAGAAUUAAUAAAGACGAGACAUUUGGUAAAUAAAA